UAGCAGCAUUUGCGAACAGUUCUCAGUUGUGAUCAAGAUUUCGAGAAUAACGGACGCGCGUGUGCUCAAAUUAUCGGUAGCGGCUCUCGGAAUAUAAUUCUUUUUUUUCGUUUAAUUCAAUUAAAAAUAAUUCAGAAGUUAUGGUGUUAAUGAAUUAUUAAUUUAUGAACUGAAUCAGUGCCAAUAAAAAAUUAAUAGACGAACGACCAAGUCAAAUUAACCAGAAAAAAUGCUAAAAUUUACACUUUCAAUAAUUGUAUUAGCAAGUGGUGUGCUAAGUUGGAAACCAAUUGUUUCACCGUCAUCCUUCAGUAUAUCACAACAUCAUCCAGCGCUGGGACAGUCGCAUAAUACUCUUUCGGACGGCGCUGAUACCAGCGCAGAGAGUACGGUUACUUAUCAUGGAAAUUCAUUUUUGAAUCAUCACGCACCUGGUCAUGCAUUGAUAGGCAGUGAUGAAGAUACUGAAGCUAGAGUUGUACAUAGUGGAGGUGCAGGCUAUCACUAUGGACCGAAAUAUUUGUCUGGAUUGUUACCGUCAACUGCCGAACAACAUUGCAGUGUGGAUAAAUUUGCAGUAGAACACGAGGGAACAGUGCAAUACGAGCAAUCCUUACCCAAAAUGGAUCAAUUUACCAUAUGUACCUGGAUGAGGUUUACCAAUCACAGUGGUGACCAUGUUCUGUUCACAUAUUCAGUCGAUCAUGAACCGAGAGAAAUCCAAUUUUGGAUAGCUAAUUCGAAAGGUGCCAGUUUCUUCUCGUUAGCAGUCCAUGGCCAAAGUUUAUUCAGACUGAACUAUCCCGUUCGGAUGAGAAAGUGGCACCACGCAUGCGCAUCAUGGAACGGUAAAACUGGAGAAUGGCAAUUGUGGGUCAAGGCAGAACGUGUCGGCAGAGGUUUCCACAAUCGAAUUGUCGGAGAGACUAUUAAACCUAACGGAAUACUGUUCUCCGGAGGUCCAUCCAUCACCGGGCCAGUAGCUGAUGAUCUUCACAUGGAAAUAACAAUGCUGCAGAUUUAUAAGGUGGCAUUAAGUGCUGGCAAAGCUCACCGUGACCACAAACAUCACCACGUUCAUCACUUUGAUCAUGAAGGACCUGCAACAAGUACAACUACUCUACCACCACCAACAGUGCAUCCCAAUUUGCAAGCGAUGAAUCCACUACUGGCUAACGGUCAAAUUACAACUAGACUUCGAAUCAAUUUGGCUGGUGCUCAACCACCAAACACAGUUCCUGUUCAGGGUGUUCCAUCGCAAAUUUUCGGCGGAGCUGUACCAGCAGCCCAACAUGCCACCAUUGGAACACAGUUCGUCAGUGGACAAUUUAGUCCAGCUGCACGGUACACAACGCAACAAUUGCUUGGAUCACAAUACCAGACCGCACCGGCACAACAGAGCAUAGUUUUCCCAAGUUCCGCUGCAUCAGCUCCAACAUCGUAUGCACAGAUUAGUGACCCGAGUGACGAUCAGUAUCUCGACACUGAUGUCUCGCAUGGGCUGUUCAAACGUAGCAGUGAAAGUGACAAAAUUGUAAAGAAACGCGAAACGGCGUCCAAUAAAAAACUCGAUAAAAGGGCGUUGGUUACACUCACCGACGGAUCGGUCAUUGACGAUCGCGUUAUCGCAUCGAAUCCGUUCGAUUUUGAUGGACUUGCACAAUUCGGCGCACCGGCAUUCCAAGAACAUUUAAACAAAAUGAUGGACAUCGAAGAUGAGAUAAAGGAACACGAUCGAGAACCGGCCGAGGGAGAAGUACAAGCCGUUUUGGAUUUGUGUUCGGCGUGUGACGUAGAGCCGUUCGAGGGGGCUAUAGUAUUGUCAUGGAAAGAUGUUAAAGUAACAACAGAGCAUGCACUUAGUGCGAAAAGUUUGGGUGGUUGCGGACAGUUUUAGUGUGUCGGCGACAGCGGUUAAUCUUAAGUACGUUUAGUAAUUUAUAUUUUAAACACCGAGGGCAUUUGAUGCUCGUUGUGUAAGCAUUGUCGCCAUAGAGAUGUUUGUCAGAAUGGAGAAUUGUUGAAAAUAUUUUUUUGUAUUAAAAAUGCAUUACAAAGAA